AUGACAUCAGAACAGACAGAUGGUGAUGGAUCAACAACCAAGCCUGAUAUGAAAUGGUAUUUUGAUAGGAAAACUAAGCAGAUUGUUUUUGGUGACGUAUCGGCGAUUGAACCAGAUUCAGAAGAGAUGAAGGGUCCAGAUAGCUUGUUGUAUGAGGUGAAGAAGAAACUAGAUUUAGGACCUCCCCCUGUACAGCUUUUGGACACACUUGACAUAGAUGGUGUAGUCAACUUUAUCAGAAAUGGCAAUUGUAAAAACAUCAUCACCAUGGUGGGAGCUGGUAUUUCUACAUCGGCAGGUAUCCCAGACUUUAGAUCCCCAGUCACUGGGUUGUAUGAUAAUCUACAGAAAUAUGAUGUUCCUUAUCCCGAGGCCAUGUUUGAUCUUGAGUUCUUCCAGAAAAAUCCAGAGCCGUUCUUUUCCUUAGCUAAAGAUUUAUGGCCAGGUAUAUACAAGCCAACCCCUUGUCACUACUUUAUCAAACUGCUGCACAGCAAAGGUCUUCUGUUGAGACACUAUACACAGAACAUUGACACACUUGAAAUACAAUCUGGAUUAGACCCAGAAAAAUUGAUAGAGGCCCAUGGAAGUUUUCGUACAUCAAAAUGUCUGACCUGCAAGAAAGAAUAUAGCAAAGAGUUUAUGGAAGAUAAAGUGAUGGCCGGAGUAAUACCUGUCUGUGACAUUCCAGAAUGCAAUGGAAUCAUCAAACCAGACAUUGUAUUUUUUGGUGACACAUUGCCGAAAAGAUUUGCUGAAUGUGUUGAAGAGGAUUUUCAGAAAUGUGACCUGCUGAUAAUCAUGGGAACGUCACUAGUAGUACAGCCAUUUGCUUCGUUAAGUUACAGAGUCCCUGCAAACACGCCAAGGCUAUACAUCAACUUAGUAAAGACUGGAACAGAAGGUGCCAGUAUUUUCAUCUUCUUUACUGGUGCUUUCAAAUUUGAUGAAAAGGACAAUUAUAGAGAUGUGUUUUGGCAAGGGACAUGCGAUGAUGGAUGUUUCACACUUGCAGAAAAAUUGGGCUGGAAGGACGAACUGUCAAUGAUGAUCAAGAAAGAGCACACAAAGAUCAACAAGGAAAUGGCGUUGUUGAAAUCAAAGUCCAAACACUUGAGAGGAAAAAGCACCGAGCCAAGAACAGGAAACCCAGGAAAAGCAAGAGGGCACACUGGUUCUAAAGCUUCCAUACCAAAUUAUUCUAUGAAAGGAAAAUCAAGUCGUUGA